UGUACAAACUUUUUAAAUCAUUUCUUCUUACCACACACUCGCGCACGGAGACAGACAUCCUAAGCAGAAUCCGAAUGUCCGAUGCAUCAUCCACCCCGCCCCCUAAUCUCUCCGAUUAACCUCGCUUCAAUCCGCCGAAUCCGCCACGCAUGGUAUUGCUGAUCAACGCCUUCGAUCUGUUGUCAGUGCCGGCCGCAGUCGCUGAAUCGCCGUCGCGAGCUCCGAGGAUGGCGGCUCCGCCCGAGGAGAUGCGGAUCGAGGAGGAGCUGUCGCACCCGAUCAUGCUGUCGGAGCGUGUCCGCUCGGCCGCGGACGAGGCCGAGUCGUUCAAGUCCGAGUGCUCCGAGCUGGGCAAGCAGGUCGACCGCCUCUCCCAGAUGCUCCGCUCCCUCGUCCGCUUCACCACCUCCGCUCAGUCCCUCUACGACCGCCCCAUCCGCCGCGUCGCCGCCGACGUCUCCAGGCACCUGGAGCGAGCCCUAGCCCUGGCUCGCAAGUGCAAGCACCAGAACAUCCUCCGCCGCGUGGUCACCAUCACCAGCGCCGCCGAUUUCAGGAAAAUCGCGAGCCUCCUCGACGCUUCCGUCGGGGACCUGAAGUGGCUGCUCAGUGUCUUCGGUUCCGACGGUAAGGGUGGGGAUAUUGAGCUCUCGCUGCCUCCGAUUGCGAGUAAUGACCCGAUUCUGUCUUGGGUCUGGUCCUUCAUCGCCUCGAUUCACAUGGGACCCUUGCCUGAUCGAAUUGAGGCUGCUAAUGAGUUGGCUUCGCUCGCGCGGGACAAUGACAGGAACAAGACGAUUAUCGUGGAGGAAGGCGGCGUGCCUCCGCUGCUCAAGCUCCUGAAGGAGACUUUGGCUCCCGAUGCUCAAAUAGCUGCGGCGACUGCGCUCCAGUACUUGGCCAAUGAUCAAGGGAGAGUGCAGGCGAUUGUCAACGAACUCGGGGUUCAGACUAUUGUGCAAAUCCUCGGGGAUGCGCCUAUGCGCGUGCAGAUUCAGGUGGCGAGCUUGGUGGUGAAUAUGGCAGCACACUGCCCGCUUGCUCGGGAAGAUUUCGCUAGAGAGAAUGCUAUACGGCCCCUGGUAACACUGUUGUCGUUUGAUAUGUUUGUGGACGAUCCUAAAGCUGGCACGCCUAAGCAGAGUAUUCAUUCCAUUGUCCAGAUUAAUAAGCAGAGUAAAUCUUUAGGGAAACUAAAUAGCCAUAACUCAUAUAUGGAUGGUAGUAGGACGGGAAGUCAUAAGAAAGACCGGGAGAAUGAGAAGCCUGAGGUUAGGAUGAAGCUGAAGACGAGCUGCGCUGAGGCGUUGCGUAUGCUUGCUAGAGGGAGUUUGUUGAAUAGUAAGAAGAUUACAGAGACAAAGGGGUUGCUUUGUCUGGCAAAGUUGUUAGAUGAGCAAGGUGAGUUGCAGUAUAACUGCUUGAUGACUAUUAUGGAGAUAACAGCUGCCGCGGAGGCUAAUGCCGACUUUAGACGUGCAGCUUUUAAGACCAACUCACCUGCUGCAAAAUCUGUUGUGGAUCAGCUGUUGAAGGUGAUGAAGGAGACAGACUCUCCAUUGUUGCGAGUUCCUGCAAUUAAAUCCAUUGGCUCGUUGGCUCGGACAUUUCCAGCUAGAGAGAGUCGUGUUCUUGUGCCACUAGUAAGUCAACUUAACCACUCGAACCAAGAUGUAGCAACUGAAGCUGCUAUUUCUCUGGGGAAGUUUGUAUGUCCAGAUAAUUUUCUACAUAAGGAGCAUGCGAGGGCCAUAAUCGAGUCUAAUGGUGUUCCACCUUUGAUGAGACUGCUAAAGGGUAUUGAAAGGAUGCAAUUGCAUGGGUUGUAUCUACUCUGCUACCUUGCAAUAAGUGCUGGCAAUAGCGAGGCCCUGGAGCAAGCUAGGGUGUUGGCUGUCCUGGAGGGAGCUGAUCGUUCAGUCGCUUCUCAACAUCCUGAUUUGCGAGAACUGAUUGUUGAUGCAAUUUAUCACCUUAAGAUGUUCCAUGCGGGUGGCCAUCCUCAGAAGCAGUCUUACUUGGUUGGAAUAUCAUAUGAAUGACCCACUGGACCAGGUGAUUUUCGGGGCUGUUUUACUUGGAUCAGCUUUGCUUGUAUAUGAAGAAAAUUCAGGGUAUAAGGAAAAUGUUCACUGUGAACAAUGAAUUCUGGGGAUAGUAGUGAUAUGUUUGCCAAAAUAUAGAUCUUAGUUUGUGCAGACAUUCUUUAGUGAAUCAGUAUAAUCCUUCUGUCCUAUCUUUUUUCGGUUGCAUUCCAUGGACAUCAUCUCUUUUAACUGGCGUUAUGUGGUGCUUCAACGUUUGUACUCUAAAUCACGAGCUAGUGUAAUUUUGGACUAUGGAUAUGAGUGCUACUUUUUUGGUGAAAUCUUAGAUUGCACUUUGUGUUUA